AUGACAAGACAUUCCCCAACCCGCGCGGUCUUCCCCGAGCUCUACCCGCCCACCACCGCACCGUCAGAAGCCACCAGUAACGCCGCGGAGCAGCCCAUUCCCCCGACAGUGUAUCCUCCGCCACAGCCGGAGCCCUCCUGGUUCGUAGGGACAAUGCAAAACGUCAGCAUCGCUCCCAUCCACGUGAACGUCGAAACUGGUAGGAGAGCUAGAGCACACGGCCUUGUCCGCCGGUCGGGGGAGCAGUUCAUACUACACUGCCCGGUCGCGCACUGUCUCAAGACGUUUGUGCGCGCCACCAGAGAGCUGGCCCGCGAGGCGUGGAUGGCCCACCUGGUGUGGUACACGGAGCGGCGUGAGGUGCAUCUUCAGGCGCUGGGCGGGGGCUGGAUGGUGUGCGGGAUUGAGAUGGAGCAUUGCGAGACGUAUUGGGCGGAGCAGGGGAGGGACUAUGAUCGGGAGAGGAAGCGGGUGGCGCAGGCGAGGUGGAGGAAGAGGUUCCCGGAGAGGCGGGAGGCGGUGAAUCGGUAUAAUAGGCCAGAGAGACGCGAGGAGGGCAGGGGUGCAGGAGGGGGGAGGUGA